CUGCUCCUGCUAGUACUGUUUCGUCUUAUAUAGACCUAUUGACGUCGAUUUGAAAAAUGUCUGAUAGCUACUUAUAUUGCAAUACUGUUUUGGAUAUCCCAUACACUACUUUUCCAGAUUUACUGAAACGAAAAGCACGCGAGUCACCAGAUGUGGAACUAUGUAUUUUUAUUGACGAUGAUAGCGCAAGGUCUACACUUACUUUCGGAGACUUAUAUAAAAAGGCAACGAAAUUUGCAAAAACACUGGUCAAGAUGGGUGUAGAAAAAGGUGACAUCAUUGGACUUAAGGGUAGAAAUGUUCCAGAAUGGUUAAUUGCUGAUUUAGGAGUGCAGAUGGCGGGCGGUUGCUCACUGAAUUUGCCUUACCAACAAAAAGAAGAAAUCAUGGUGGAUUUGCUCCACGAAAUCGGUAAUAUAAAAAUACUUAUUAUUGAUCCUGGUAACAGCGGGCAGAACUUUCAAAUAAUCAAAAACAUACUUCAUAAGAACUUAACCUCUGAAAAAAAUGAUCCCGGAAAAGUUUCUCAAUUAGUAGAAAUUAUAUUGUUUAGCCCACAUGAGGCUUUCCCAUCACUACACAAUGUUCAAGAUUUGUGCACCUGUGAGAUCGUAGCACAUCUUCCUCGAAUCGAUCCAGAGGAUGCGUCAAUUAUUCAACUGACAUCGGGUUCAUCAGGUCUGCCAAAAGCAGUAAAGCAUUCGCACAAUGCUUUGGUUGUGAUAGGGUAUCACUCUUCCAAAACCUACCCAUCAAAAAACGAAAAAGAGAUUCUAUACAAUACCAGUCCUUUCUAUUGGAGUGGAGGAUAUCCAUUUUGGGAAAUCAGUAGAGGCGGAACUCGAGUCACAAAGACAAAUGCAUUGCACUUUCUUUCAACGGCGGAUGCAGCUGUAAUUGCCUGUGAGAUUAUAGCAAGAGAAAAACCAACUCGAGCAUUCUUUGUUCCAUCCAUGCUAGAGUUUAUAAUUAAAAAAAAUAUGCCAUUGAAAGUACCAAGAAUUAUCACGUCAGGCACAGUUGUUUAUUCUUCAAUUUUGGAAAGCAUUGGUAAAGUGUGUGAAGAAUAUCAAGUCGACUAUGGUUCAACUGAAUUGGGAUACAUUGCCAUGGGAUUGUUCACUGCAGAAGAUGCGUCAAAGAAAAAGCACGAAGUUCUUAGCUGUCUACCGGUUUCAGGAAUAGAGAUCAAGAUCACUGAUGAUGACGGAUUCGUCCAACCGAUUGGCCAGCGAGGCAAAAUAUGGGUACGUUCAAUAAUGAAUUUUUCUGGAUAUCUAAAUCAUGAAAUUAGCAUAAGGGAUAUUUUCAUGAAAAACGGAUGGUUUUGCCAAGAAGACGGUGGAUUUCUGACAGAGGAUAAUGCUUUGAUUGUAGAAGGGCGUUCCCAAGAGGUUGUUCAAAUUUUAGGGCGAAACAUAUAUCCUGCUGAGAUUGAGAAUGUUAUAAAAGCAAAGAGCAAUGUGAUAGAUGCCAUUGUAAUGCCGAUAAAGGAUAUGGACACCGGAGACCUGGUUCCAACCGCUGCCAUAAUGUAUCGACCACAAUGUGAGGAUUCCAUGGAGAGUAUGCAAGACUACCUCCGAAAUGAAUUCAAAAUCACGGCAGAAAAUCAGUUGCUUGAAUAUAUGUAUAUCCCGCAUUUUAUCAUCAGUUUGAAAGAAUUUCCACUGCUGGAGAAUGGAAAGCCGAAUCGCAACGAUAUACGACAGACUAUUCUCAGAAAUAUCGAUUGCAAAAAGUACGAUUUGUCUUUCAAAUACUAGCGAAACUUAUAAGCAUUUACACUUCUAUUUAUAUAGAAUUUUGCAUUAUUCAAUAUAACUGUAUUUAAUCAUAAAGAAAAUGACAUUGAUACUAUCAUACUUAUUUUGUAAUGAAAUGGCCUGUACAUACAAUUCUUUUUUUCCCACUUCUACCACCCAUGCAGUACUCAGAUUUUUUUAAAAAUAUCUAACAAAUAAGGUGAAUCAACCUUUAAAACCAAUGUCAUAAGAUUCUUAUUGACACUUUAUAUUACUCAAAUUUUGCCCAUCCUUAAUCUUUAUCUCUUUAUUUGAUAUGUUUUUCAGCCAUUGUUGAUAUUUUAAUGACCUGUUACAUAUGUUUUAAUAAGUUCUUUACAUGUAUGUUCCAAUGCUCUUUGAAUUGAUUAAUGUUUAUCAAAUUAUUUUUCUUUAUGUAAAUAAUUUCAAAUUUUGUACUGGAUUUUAAAUUUUAGGGUAAUUUUAAGGUACAAUCACGUAUUUUGGUAUUUUUAUGACAUAAGGCUUUUUCAUUUCAUGUUGAUUACUAUUCUUCCACUAAAAUUGAGAGGUCAAUUUCAUUACAGAUAAAAUACAAGAAAUUGUCAAAAAGUAAUGUCAUAGAUGCAACAAGAUACAUUAAAUGCGACGGUAAAAGAAAAAAGUUGCACUUUGUAUUAUAAAUAGUAAUAACUAAUUUUUUUAAUUUACAUAAAAAAUAAAUAAAGAAAUAUAAUAAUUACCUCGAAUUACAACAUUUUAUGAAAAGUAUGAAAAAAGUAUAGUCGCUAAAUGCAUGCGACGUUAUUUCAAGAUUUUGGGCGUUUUGUUUUAUCUAUUCAGUCCUUUACAAACUAUAGAUAACCGUCUUGGUUAAUUCGUACUUUUCAAUAACUUUUCAUGACUCUUUUUUAGAAUGGUAGACUUGUCUAUGUGUUCUUUUUCUUAGAGCUCAUCUAAAUAUUUAGGUUCCUACAAAAAACCAGGUGCAAAGCUUUAUACCAUUGUUGAUGACCGUUAUGGUAGGACAAUCAGUUUUAAUUUUUUUUCCCUUAACCUCUGUCUUUAAAUAUAUACUUUAUUCAUAGGCUUGGUUUGUGAUUUCAUAAAACAAUAGAAAAAUCAUUAAGUGAUGACUCUUAGUUUAGUUAUAUUAUAUUAUAUGCAUGAAAUUUCAAUUUCACAACCGUUUCUUUGCUGAUUUGUAUUAGUUAAAGCAAACAUGCAUUGCACCUCCUGUUGUUCAUAUAAUAAAGAGCGAUUGAAAAGUGUGAUAUAUUGUGUAACAUGUUAGUAAGCAGAGUUUUAUUAUGUAUCAAUAUGAAUAAAACGAUAAAAUAUGGCAUCAU